AUGGAAGAUGACUGUGAACCUGAGCAGAGCUCCUGGGCUCAUUUACCUGAUGUCUGUCUGAGGCACAUCUUCCAUUGGCUGGAUGACAGGGACAGAUCUCAGGCUGCCUUGGUCUGUAAAAAAUGGAGUUGGGCCAUGUACUCAGGAUCCCUCUGGAGAAGAAGAACCAUCACAUUCUAUGGCCGACAGUCAAGGGCACAGACACUGGAGUUUCAAAGUGCACUGUGGUAUGUCAAGAAAUUUGGCAAGUAUUUGGAGCACCUUGAGAUCAAGUUAUCAAAUCCUUCCAAUACUGCCUUUACCCAGAAAUUUCAAGUGAUUAUGAGAGGUCUUCUUUCACAUCUGGGUAAGUGUAACAGUCGCCUGGUAUCCUUGAGCAUCAAGUACCUGGAAUUAGACCGCUUGAUCUGGAAAAACACGGUCAGGGCUCAGUUUAUCAAGAACUUAGCUACCUUCCUGAAAAGAAUGAGCAAACAGCUUGAUUAUCUCAACUUAAAAGGAGCAAGAGUAACUUUGGAAGAAGGCUGUGAGCUUCUGAAUUCUCUGAGCUGCUUGACAAAUAAAAGCUUUGUAUCUGAAAUCAAUAUUGAGGAUUUCUUCAGUCUCCACCUUCCUGUCUACAGCAGCACCUUGUUCCACCAAACUAUGUCCAAGUUCCACAGCCUGGUCAUCCUGACUUUCAAUUAUAACUGCAUCUCUGAUGAACUGCUGGACGUCCUGCAAGAGCAGAGCGCUCAUUCCCUGUGCACCUUGAAUAUCAAAUGUCAUAUCCGUGACCCACACAGGCAAGUGGUCUUGGGAAUGUCAUGGGCAAACUUGGCUAAGAGAGCCCCAAAACUGAACGUGAACUUCUUCUUUGAAAGAGUGAUGAAGCAUGAUCACCUAGCCAGGAUCCUGCUAGUGGAGAUCCCAGUAAGAAGCAUCAGUCUAAGGAGCUGCUAUUUCAGUAACCCAGACUGGACAAUGAGACCUACCCUCACCAACCUCCUUCCAGCCUAUUGGCAUGUUCUGCAGAAAUUGACACUUGAACUAAACAACGGCCAUGAGCUGCUGGAUGAUGAGCUGCUGCAGCUCAUCUUAACAUGCAAGAGGUUGUUAUUCCUGAAAGUCUGGGCAUUUCUAAGUGUCACCUUUAUCGAGAGGCUGCUACAAAACCGUGUGGAAAGGAAAUGCAUUUUGACUACCAUAAAGGUCAGGAUUUACACAGCCCGACCAGAGAGCAGCGAGGAGGAUCGGCUGUUGCGUGACAUUUACAGGAAGUUCAAAUACCUGAUUGAUUCAGAGCUUAAUUAUUUUGUCAUCACUUACCCACUGGUGUAA